CUCAUGUCGGAAAUGUUUACGCAUAAAUAUUUUGAUAAAAAGGCUUCCGAAUGGAAUGUUUUGGAUUUUUUAGACGAAUGUGAAGAAGAACGGUUCGAUCUGAUGACAAACCUUUACAUUAAAGGUCUCGAGAAUAUUGUUAAUUGUGAAAGAGAUUACAAGCGCGAAAGGGCACAAAUGUUGCUCGAUAAUUAUAAGAAGGCGAGUGUAGAAGCUUUUUUAUUAAAUGUAGUCAUAAAUCUAUCGCGUAGCGAAGGAGGAACCAUAAAUGGGAGCGUAAAUAACGUAAAUGGAAACAUGACUUGUGGAAAUUUCGCUGCUGGGCCUUCAAAUAAACGGGGGGAGGAAGAGGUUGAUGAUUCCAAGGAAGAAAGAGCUUCCAAAAAAACCCGCAAAGACGCCAAGGACAGACUUACUACACCACCACCAAAUCCAAUAUUUUCAGAAUCUAUUGAAAUCAAUAGUGAUUCAGAAAAUGAUUCCGAAAGUGACACCGAAUCAAUUGAUAUAGAUCAGGGUGAGGUAGAAAUUGAGAAGCUUACUCAGGACGAGAUACAUAUUCGUAACAAAUUACUUGCUAUCUUAGAUGCACAACAAAAAAAAGAUAUAAAAUCGGGAAAAAAUUUUUUAACAUCGGUAUCUCUUAAUCAUAUCAUUGAUUUAUCUAAUGAUAAAGUACAAAAAGAAGUAGAUAAAUCAUUAAAUAAAGAUCAAAUUAAAUGGAUUAAUGGUAGUAGAAGAAGCGUGCCAAAUCUGGUUCGCAAGUCUUUUGUUCCAUCUGAAACAUUUAAUUCAUAUAAUCAUGAAGAUUAUGACAUCGCUCAACAAAUUUUAACUCAUUUUUCCGUAAGACUUGAAGCACCAUUAAGAGUCGAAGUUGAAAGUCUUAAUUAUGAAAGGACAUUUUCGAUUGACACAAUAAUAUACAUUAUAAACCGUUUAUUCCGUAUGCACCAGGAUGUAGUUGAUCUUGUGUGGAUCGAGUUAACUACCCCUAAUACGAAAAAACGCAAAAUUGAUGGAUUAAUUAAGAUAAUCAAUUCGAUUCAAAAGAAUCAAACAAUAGUCUUAAUCGAGUUUUCAUAUGGUAGACGAGCACCUUUAUCAAAAAUAAUAAGCGAUGAGAAAAUAGCACGAAUUUAUUUAAUACAAACUGCUAAUGGAGAAAUUAAGAUCAAGUAUUUAGUUCGUCCCUUGCCAUCAAUAUACAUUCUUCAAUUGUUUACGUGCAUUAAAAUACCCGUUUCUUUCGAUGAAUUUGAACAAUUCGCGAAGAAAAUAACUGAUUUGAUGAAUUUGCAGGUUGAUGUGUUAUCAACGAUUCAAGCAAUGAAGGAAGCUACGACUGUAGAAAAUGCUAUUCAUAUAACAUCUAUAGAUGACACACCUGUAAAGAAAAAGAUUGCGAAAAGCGAAAAUCAACCUUUACCUUCAUCAUGUCCAG